GUAAACAGUAAAGAUGGCGACGUCUGUAGCCGGAGAGGGGCAUCCAAGUCUAAAUGGGAUUAUAUCCGACCCCCAAACAAAAAAUCUCGCCGACUUGCCAACCGAGUUGCUCGAACACAUUUUGUGCUUCCCUGUCCUCAAACAUGUCGACAUUUGUAACGUUUCCUGCUGCUGCAAGCGGCUACACGACGUUUGCCAUGGAAGGGGAAAGGUCUGGGGACAUCAGUACAAACUCAGAUGGCCAAGACUGCAGAGGUUUUACCGUCAGAAUGAGUGCUGUGACUGGCUCAGAGAAUACAAAACACGCCAUAGAGUUGGUAUACAAAUAAGAAGGACUGUGGAAUCAAUCUCAAAGAGAUUCUUCACAGAAGUUAGAUCUGUAACUCAGCCUUGCGUUGGCCAGGUGCUGGGAGACAGCUUUGCAGAGAUUGAGUCACUCGGGAUGCCGGAGCACUUCUGUGAAGAUGAGCUCCUCUUUAUCCUCAACUCUGACAAAAGGAAAAGCUUGACCCUGAAGUACUAUGCAAAGAAAAUCCUUUACUUCCUGAGACAGCAGAACAUCCUGAAGAGUUUGAAGAGCUUCUUGGAGCAACCUGUAGAGCAGCAGUCUGCUUUAGCAGGUGCUGUGCUUGUGGAUCAGUAUUGUAACCCACUGGCUGACGUAACACUGAGCAGCAUAUCAGCCCAGCUGGAUGAGAUCACAGAAAAAGUGAAGAAGAUGUUGAGAAUCAAGAACCCCUCUCACCCCAGCCUGCGCAUCGCUCAAGGUGAUUGUUUUGUUGUGGAAGACUUUGAGCUGCAGAGGCAGGUGGUGUGUGCUCUAAACUCCGUCUUAUAUGAGCAGCUUCAGUACAAAGGCAAUGAGUUUGACUACUACAACCCUCUCAACUCUUACAUCCACCAGGUGCUACUACGCCGUACAGGCAUUCCCAUCAGCCUUUCUGUUCUCUAUAUGACGUUAGCCCAGAGGCUUGGUGUUCAGCUGGAACCUGUCAAUUUCCCCAAUCACUUCCUGCUUCGCUGGUGCCAAAAACCAAGAGGGAGUGAGGACAUCUUUGACUAUGUGUACAUCGAUGCCUUUGGUAAAGGCAAACAGCUGACAGCCAAGGAGUGCGGGUACCUCAUUGGCCACCAGGUGACAGCAGAUUACUACAGUGCCAUCAGUACCACUGAGGUGCUGCUGAGGAUGGUGGGAAACCUGCUGAACAUCGGCAAGAGAGGGGAGGGGAAUGAAAAAUCCUACCAGCUGCUGAGAGACUCUCUGGACCUCUACCUCACUAUCAACCCUGAUAAUGUGCAGUACCUGCUGCUGCAGGCUCGCCUCUACUUCCACCUGGGCAUCUGGCCAGAGAAGGUGCUAGACAUCCUGCAGCACAUCCAGGCAUUGGACCCCUCCCAGCAUGGGGCAGUGGGUUACCUGGUGCAGCACACACUGGAGCACAUUCAACACAAGAAGCAUCCUGUCACACCUGAGGUGAAGAAGCGUAGCGCUCCAGAACACUUGGAAGUCCAGUAUUCAGUUGGCCUCAUCAUGAAACACAAGAGGUCAGGCUACAACUGUGUGAUCUACGGCUGGGACCCAAAGUGCACCAUGAGCCAGGAGUGGAUCACCACCAUGAGGGUCCACCAGCUGUCUAAAGGGGCUAACCAGCCUUUCUACAACGUCCUCGUCCAGGAUGGAACGUGCCGCUAUGCAGCACAGGAGAACCUGGAGCCCCACUCUGCCCCGCUGGAGAUCGGCCACCCAGAGGUGGGACGCUACUUCUCAGAGUUUGCCGACACCCACUAUGCUGCCAACGAAGAGCUGCAGACACGAUACCCUGAGGACAUGGAUGAGACUUUGGGCACGGUUCGGGAGCUUUACCACAGACUCACACCUGGCUCUGUGAACCAGGACCAGGCUGCAGCCACAGACCAAAACAACCACCAAACCAUGUCCAUGUAGCAAAGCAGCUGUGACCAACACCCUGACUAACAAAUGACUGCUCACCCAUUCUCAAUUCACACUUGAACUUAGCUGUUGUGUUACAAAAAUAUGAUACAGGACAUGUGUAGGUGAGAGGUUUCUGAACUAAUCAUGCAGGAAAAAAAGUGACAAGAGAACAUUCACAGAUGUGGAUCUGCAUCUUAGUUGUAUUUUUUGUGCAUGUGUAGGAUUUUUUUCAAAUUUUUUCAUUUAGAAAAGUACAAAAACAUGCAGUAAAUUUUACUACUGUAUCAUUGCACAUAUCUUAACACCACCAUGUUUAUGUAGUUUAAAGAAUGUCUAAACUAUGGGAUAACAUUGUUAGUUUACAGUAUUUCACCAAAAUGUGGGACCAUCAAAUCUUUCUACAAAGAUUAGCCUAGUUAGGAAACUCAAAAUAUUUCCAAAAUGUACAGACUUAAGGAAAACUUGAUGUAGGCUCAGAUGAAAGGUUAAAUUCAAGAGGGAAUUCAGAAUGGGUGUUCAAGUCCUGUAAAUCUCCCUUUACCCAAAACUGAGGAAUGAUCCUUUACCCACAUUGCCCUGCACACAGCACCAGUCAACCAAGCCCCCAGCAUAUAGUCAAAAACCCUGAUUACAGUAACAGUGCCACAUAAGAGACUGUGAUGAAAACAAACUUUGUAAAUUUGACUUUUAAUCCUCCAUAUUUUAAUCAGAGUUUCAUGCACUUAUGAAAGUUCAGCUUUCACAUUUCUAGAUAAUCUUGUUUUUUUUCCUGUAUAUUUAAAAGUGAAACAUGUAGGAUGUCAAAGCUCAUCAGUGUCGUUGAGCUGUUCAUGGAAACACUUAAGAACACAGCUGACUUGAAACAGAAGUGACCCUGAGCUUUGAGGAAAAUAACACAA